CUGCCCCAGCCCAGCACGGCUCCAGCCACUGCACCGAGCAGCAGCACAGCCGGGAGCGCUCCUCGGAGCAGAGAUGCUUUGCCGCCUGCACUUUAUGCCGCCCAUGUCCAGCUCGCUGUUCCCGUGGCUGGGACCCGUCCGCACCCUCUGGCCGCACCCAGGCACCCUGUUCGCCGAGCUGGAGCGGGAGAUGCGGCUGGAGAUGGAGCGGGCUCGGGAGUUCAUGAGCAGCGUGGAGCAGUACCUGAGCAGCGGGAGCAGCCCCGGGCGGCUCGGCAUCGCCUCCGAGCGCGCCUCCAGCACCAGCGCAGCCCUGCCCCAGAGCUCCGGGGACGGCUUCUCUGUCUGCCAGGACGUGAAGGACUUUACGCCCGAGCAGCUGUCGGUGAAGGUGGUGGGCAGGAAGGUGGUGCUGGUGGGGCAGAAGGAGACGCAGAGCACAGACGACAAGGGCUCCUUCUCCUACAAGUACGAGGUGCUGAAGCGGGAGUGGGACGUGCCCGAGGAGGUGGACGCCGAGGCGCUGACCUGCUCCCUGUCCAAGGACGGGCAGCUCCGCAUCGAGGCGCCCAAGCUGGCGCUGCCCGCCGCUCCCGAGAGGAACGUGCCCAUCCAGAUGGGGCCGGCGGUGGCACAGCAAGCUGGCAGCAGUGAGGAGGGAGCCGAGCGGGCCAAGGCGUGAAGAGGAGCAACGGGGACCAGGCUGAGCCUGGCGACGGGGGCAGCUGCUGGCCGCAGAGCGGGACCGCGCGGUGGCCCGGGGCGUGGUGUCUGCCCGAAACAUGCGGCUUUUUUGAUAUGUAAUAAAUAUUCCUAACUUUUA